AUGUCCACUUUUGAAGAUGCUGACACUGAAGAGAUACUUACUUGCUUCCAAGUUACAGUCUAUCACCCGAGCCAAGAUCAAGUGUUUCAGGGGCUGAGGUUUUUCAAUUGAGAAAGUCCGUCAUCCACAGAAGUGGUAAAGUUUGGCUGGAGUCCCAACCUGUGUCAUUAUGCCUUUCAAGACAAACAAGUCUCCAGAAUUCAGUUCUUUCUGCAGCCAUUUAAAUGGUUCAAAGGUUCUGUGCUCUCAUUUGAAAUUAAAAAUCUGAGUAAGAAAAUCAGACUGCUUGUAGGCAACAUCAAUAAAAUGGACCUUCCAGGCAAGUGCAUCGUGCAGUUUGGAGAAUACCAGUUUUUUAAAAAGAGAGAAGAUGGGGAGUCAAUGGAGUAUUUCAAGACAUGCUUUGUGCUGGCCCUACAGUCACUCUUAGAGAAAAGACACCAUGAAAAGCCUAUAUCUGAGAAUGAUUUUUCUUCAUCCAUAUUUCCUACAGAAAUAGAUGAAAAUGAAUAUUGA